AUGCAUAUUAUUAAAGCUUUUAAGACAUAUAUUUGGGAAUAUACAUUGAUUAAUUCAGCAAAAAUUUCAGUUUUGAAGUAUAAAAAAAAAGAAUUGCUUAAAACUAAGUGGCCUUACUUUAUCAAUUUAUGUCGACUUCAAAUACUCUUAGCAUUAAUUCAAUUAUUAGUCAAUUUCUUGUUUAUUGAGUCAAAUAAUAAUUACAAAACUUUGCUUAUUGAUAUGGGAAUAUCACUAAUUAUAAAUAUUAUUGAUAGAUGCUGUUUAAAUAGACUUAACAACAGAAAGUAAUUUGUACUAAUUAUUCUUUUAAAUUUCUUUUAAGGCAUUUAUAUUGGAAUUUCAGAGAAAUUUAUAAACGAUAAUCGAUUUGUCUAAUUCAAUCAAUAAUUUUUAAUACAUUUUAUGACUAAUAUUAUGUGGAUGGUUGCUUUAAUCAAUACACAACCUCUUUUUAUGUGUAAAGUAGUGAUCUUUCUAUUUUAUUAUUUCAUAACUUGUUAUUUUCUAUCUAUUUGGAAAACUGCAUUUUAUGAUUUUUCUAUUGCAAUACUAAUUUUUAUUAUGUAUAUAAUCCAAGAGGAAGAAAAAUUUAGAAAACUUAUAUGUAAUUAAAUUAUUCCUAAAUAAAUAAUUAGUUCACUACCACAGCCUAUUUUUUUAAUAAAUUUAUCUACUCUAGAAUUUGUCAUCUAUAAUGAAAUGUUUAAAUAGUAUCUUAAUUUUUAAAAAGAUGAAUUUGAGAUCUCUUUUACUAAGAAAACAUUGAUUUAAUUUCAGUCUUAUGGAAAUUAAUAAGUUUUUAAUGUAGUUGAUUCUGAAAAACUGAAUUUGUUUGAAACAAUAUAAAUUAUCAAAAUUAAAGAAGAAGAAGUUAAAUAAAAUGUGAAUUAUCAAUUCAUUCUAAAUGAUAAAGAAGUUUAUGAUGUUAGAUUUCAUAAUAAUAUAAUUUAUAAUGAUAAAAAAUGUUUGUUAGUUUGUUUAUCAGAUAUUUCAGCUAUAAUUGAAAAAACUAAACUAACCGAAAGAACCAUACUAAAAAGUAAAUUAAUAAAAUCGUUAUCUCAUGAACUUCGAACUAGAAAAAAUAUUAUAUAAGGUUUAUUAAAAUUGUAUUUAGAUAAAAAUAAUGAUGAUUCAAAUAAAGAAUUAAUUUGUUAAGCUUAUUAUAACUCAAAAAUAGAAUCAAAUAUUAUAAGCUCUAUUAUAAAUUAUAAUUUAUGUUUAGAUGAUUAAGUAAUUAUCAAAUAUUAAUUAAUUAAAGUAAAUGAAAUUCUAGAUAGAAUAAUUGACAACUUUAAAUAUGAAAUUCAAUCUAAAUAAAUUGCAAUUUUAGCUAAUUAUCAUCCUGAAACUAAUCAUACUUUAUUUACAGAUCCUGAUAUAUUUGAAUAAAUAAUUACAAAUAUAAUCAGCAAUUCAAUUAAACAUUGUGAUAAAUAGAAUUAAUCUAUAUUAUCGAUUUCUGUAUGUAAAGAGACUCAUCCAAUAACAACUUCUAUUCCACAUUAAAAUAAUCCCUAUACAACCUAUUUAUAAAGAAUGUCACAUUAUUCAUCAUUUUAAAGUUUACAGGAUUUCAAUAUAAAUUCAUUUGAGACAACUUUAAAUGUUAAGAUUGUUGAUAAUGGAUCUGGAAUAAAUGUAUAGAAACUUAAAUUAAUAGAAGAAAUUUUAAAUAAUGAUAACUAUUAUUAAUUUACAACUUCAUCAUCUGAUGGAUUUUAUUUAGGUUUGAGAUCAUGUAAUCUUUUGCUUUAAAAGUUAAAUAAAUAAUCUAAAGUAAAUAUAUACAUUCGUUCAACAGAGAAAGAAGAAACGGAAGUGAUAUUAAAGUUUAUUAAUCAUAAUUAAACUCGGGAAUAUGAAUAUUCAAUAGGAUCUGAAGAUAGUAUUUAAAAAAUACGGAUAUAAAAGAAAAUUGAAAACAGAUGUUAAUGUUUAUAGAGCAUCAUGAUUGUUGAUGAUGAGCCUUUUAAUAAUCUUGUAUUAGAAUAAAUAUUGAAGUCUCUUCAUUUUAAGGUAGUUAAAGCAUAAAAUGGAUUGGAGGCUUUGAAAUUAUAUAAAGAGCAAUAUGAUCAUUGUGAAAUUGAUGAGUGUAAAUUAUUUUAUGCUAUAUUUAUGGAUUAUUAAAUGCCUUAAAUGAAUGGAUUGGAGAGUACAAAGGCAAUAAUUGAUGAAUGUAAUAAAUUAAAAUAAAUUUAAACAAAUAUAAUUGGAUGUACAGCAUUUUCUGCAACUGAUGAUAUUAAUGAGUUAUUAAAUGCUGGUAUGAAAUACGUAUGUAUCAAACCUAUUAGUAAAGAUUCGAUCAAACAAAUAUUAUCUCAUUUAUAAUGA